AUGAAAGAACUGACAGCAGCCUUGACAAGAAGGAUUUUGGGGACGCUGGUGGAUGAGAGGCUGGACAUAACGUGCCAAUGUGCCCUUGCAGUUCAGAAAGCCAAUUGUAUCUUGGGUUGCAUCACCAGCACUGCAGCCAGAAAGUUCAGGAAGGUGAUUCAGCCUCUCUACUCCAACCUGGUGAGACCCCACCCACAGUGCUGCAUCCAGCUCUGGAGUGCCCAGUGCAGGAAGGACAUGGAUGUGCUGAAGCAGGUCCAGAGAAGGGCCACAGAAAUGAUCAGCAGGCUGAGCAGGGAAGACACAGUAGAUGCACCGUUAGCUGAACCCCUGACACGGCGGUCUUUUGAAUGCCUUAGCUCCAUUUCGGCUGCACACGACAGGAAGGACUCCAAACGCGAACACACACCAAUCCGAGCUGGGGAACGUCCAGGCCCAAAGGCUGACCGCUCAGGGAACAGCCCCCUCCCCAAGCCUGAAGAAUAUGAAGCAAAUUCAAGAUUUCUUAAAUGUGGUUUAGUGAUACCACAUUCAAGAUUUGUCUUUAGUGACUCUGAAUCAACUGCAUUAGAACAAUUUGAAGGUGGCCCUUGUGCAGUGAUAGCACCUGUGCAGGCAUUCCUUUUGAAGAGGCUUUUUACCAGUGAAAAGUCUACUUGGAGAGUCUGUCCAGAAGAGGAACAGAAGAACCUUCUCUGUCAUACAUUAUGUGAUAUUUUGGAAAUGGCUUGCUCUGAUAAUUCUGAGUCAUACUGUCUGGCAACAUGGAUAAGAGGAAAAACAACUGAAGAAACUGCUAGUAUUUCUGAAAGUCCUGCAGAAUCUAGUCGUCAAGAGGAACAACCUUCUGCCUUGGCUGUCGAAGAGCUUGGCUUUGAGCGAUUUCAUGCAUUAAUUCACAAACGAGCAUUCAAAAGCUUCCCUGAACUGAAGGAUGCAGUUUGGGAUCAAUAUUCAGCAUGGACAAACAGAUUUGGAGUAUUGCUCUUUCUGUAUUCUGUAAUACUGACAAAGGGUAUUGAAAACAUAAAAAAUGAAAUUGAAGAUGCAACUGAGCCAUUGAUAGAUCCUGUUUAUGGUCAUGGAAGCCAAAGUUUGAUUAACCUGUUGUUGACGGGGCAUGCUGUUUCUAACGUGUGGGAUGGAGACAGAGAAUGUUCAGGAAUGAAACUUCUUGGCAUACACAAACAGGCAACAGUAGGCUUUUUGACAUUGAUGGAAUCUCUGAGAUAUUGUAAGGUUGGCUCCUAUUUGAAAUCUCCAAAAUUUCCCAUUUGGAUACUUGGCAGUGAAACGCAUCUCACAGUCUUCUUUGCCAAGGACAUGGCCCUUGUUGCUCCUGAAGCACCUUCAGAACAAGCAAGAAGAGUUUUCCAGACAUAUGACCCUGAGGAUAAUGGGUUUAUACCUGACACACUGCUAGAAGAUGUAAUGAAGGCUCUGGACCUUGUUUCAGAUCCUGAAUACGUAAACCUCAUGAAGACCAAAUUAGACCCAGAAGGGCUGGGCAUCAUACUACUGGGUCCCUUUCUGCAAGAAUUUUUCCCUGAGCAGGACUCCAGGGUUUCAGAGUCAUUCACUGUUUACCAUUACAAUGGACUGAAGCAAUCUAAUUAUAAUGAAAAGGUCAUGUAUGUAGAAGGCACAGCAGUUGUCAUGGGCUUUGAAGAGCCCAUGCUGCAGACGGACGACACUCCUGUGAAACGCUGCUUGCAGACCAAAUGGCCGUACAUAGAACUGCUCUGGAGCACAGAUCGAUCUCCUUCCCUGAACUGAUGUGUUGUCCAUGAACAACAGCCAGCCCCGGAUCCUCCCCUGGGGAUACGGAGUUGGAGUUGGCUUGGGGAGUGCUGUGCUUUGACUGUGUGGAGUUAUACACUGGUAUCAUUGAGGAAUUGUAAAUAAUGAUUACAAACACUUUUUCAGUGUUAAUUGGAAUAUUUAAUUUUUUAAUCAGAUUGAUUUCUAUUAUAAUAGUUUGUCUUUUUUGGCCACUGUAGUACUGUUAAUGUGAGUUAUCCUAAAAAAAAAGCCUACUUAAAAAGUCUUACCAUUAUUUUGCCAUCUCAUGAAGAUUUGAAAAAUUCUGAUAUUGCAGAAUCUGCAUAUUAGAUGUCAGAUCUUUAAAACAUGAAACAUAUUCAGCUUUCUCAGAAUCAUAUAGGCAUGUUUUAUUAUUUAAAUUCUACUAGCUUACAUUACAGUACCAUAAUGUGUGGACUAGACUGGCCUUUGCACUGGAUAUGUUUUAAUGAGUUUAAAUUUUCUGCAGUUUUUCCUAAAAUCUAAUUUUACCUAAAGAGCUUGCACAGUGUGUCAUAAAUAUGAUAUGUUUUUAGGAAUAAGUAUAAUUCUUAAAUACUCUUUCUUGGCAGUUGUAUAUUACUGUGGCUUAGUUAUUGGGCAUGUUAAAAGUGAACAGAAAAUCUGAGGGAAAAUAGAUAUAUUAAUAUUUAUUUGAAUUUGUAUAAAAGAAAUGUAAAAACAGCAGAAAGAAUUUCUUGUUCUAUAAUCCUUAAACUAUUCAAAACUUACAAUAUUGCCAAAUACCUCUUCUUAAUUUGUCCAAACAGCAGUGUAAGCCAGCAUUACUAUAUGUGUUAUGUGCAUGAGAACAUCUGUUAUUACAUUAUUAUAUUCCUUUAUUUAUUAUCAACUUCUUAGCCCUAAAAUAAAAUCUUUU